CCUGAGUACUUUGACAAGGUUCCUUUCUCUAGCACCAGGUUUAUUCACUACACCAAGCCAUGGCUUCCCAGCAGCAGAAGCAGCCCUGUACUCUUCCUCCCCAGGAGUCAUGUGCUUCCCAAACCAAGGAACCCUGCCAUCCCAAGGUGCCAGAGCCUUGCCAUCCCAAGAUGCCAGAGCCCUGUCAUCCCAAGGUGCCAGAGCCUUGCCAUCCCAAGGUGCCAGAGCCUUGCCAUCCCAAGGUGCCAGAGCCAUGCCAUCCCAAGGUGCCAGAACCUUGUAUAACCACUCCAUCUCUAGCUCAAGAGAAGUGCCCACAGGUCCCCAAGACCAAGCAGAAGUAAAAUGACUCAGGACUACGCCCUCCCUGGGACCAAUCUCUGUAUGCAGAUCCUCCCUUAUAAUCAGCUUUCCAGUUUUAAUUGCUUAAGCUUUCUGUGUUGCCUGGGAAAGUUCUCCUCUGAUAAUUUGCAGCUUGUAAUUCAUAUGUUCCAAUCAAUUAACGAGGGCCCUGCCCUUCAUCUGGCUCCUAAAAAUAAGUUCUACAGAAAUGUGUCCCAGCCCUGGGAUUCUUAAGUACCUGGAUCAGAAUAAGCUUACAUCUGCUUGAGCUGGCCCUCUGGCUACCCAGCUAUUAGGGUUGGAAUCAGGAUAAUUCUCAGAAAGCUUCAGUCCAGAAAUGCCUCAAUCCUUCCCCUAUCCAUUAAACUAAUU